AUGGACAAGAUAUUUCUCCCUCACCUUCAGAAAAUAGAACCACAUGCACAGUUCACAUUCAGUUUUCCGAUCAUAGAAUCGUCAUUUGGCAGGAAGUACUAUGCCAAAGUAGGUUCGCUCGGUGAACGAGAGCACUUCGUGGGAGAGGCAGAGUCACUCAGAGCCAUAUACAAUGCUGCACCAGGACUAGCUCCUCAGGUUUUCGCAGCGGUCAGUCCAGAUGAUUCCGCCACGACAUCUGAACGACCUUACUUUCUGUCGGAAUAUCGGAAUAUAUCAAGUCUUGCUUCAAAUCGCAAAGCAGGGGAGGAGCUUGGAAUGAGGCUAGCCACAGAACUACACGCCUACAAGAGUACCAUGGGCUUUGGAUUUCAUGUGCCUACCUUCUGCGGAGCAACUCGGCAAGACAAUGGCUGGUAUCAAACCUGGGAAGAAUGCUACAGUGCCAUGAUUGGAAAUCUCCUUGCCAAGCUUCGCGACAAAGGCAGGUUUUCAGACCUUUGCACCAAGGGGGAACAAGUAAGGUCAAAAGUGAUGCCAUUCUUGCUUCGCCCCCUCAAGAUUGAGCCGGUGCUAUUGCAUGGUGACCUCUGGAGUGGUAAUGUUGGCAUAGAUAAUUCAUCUGGUCAACCUGUUAUCUUUGAUCCGUCAUCUUACUACGGUCACACUGAAGCCGAUCUAGCCAUCGCUCGUAUCUUCGGCGGAUUUCCACACAGCUUUUUUCAAAAGUACCAUGAACACCUGCCCAAGACCGAACCUGUGGAUCAGUACGAGCUCUAUCAUUAUCUAAAUCACACAGUUCUGUUUGGAAGUUCGUAUGCAGGAAGUGCCCUGCGGAAGAUGAAUAUGCUACUUGAGGCUUGUCCGUAA